CAAAAAGUCAGUUUGCCCUAAGAGGUCAAAGACGCCUCCAUGGCUUGAGUCCCUCCCUGGGUUUGGCAGCGCAGGGUGUCUGUUCUUUUAGUGUGCCUUUAAAAAAAAAAAUUGGAGACAAAACCUCUUGAAUGUCGAAUGAGCAGUCCUUCAAGUCGCUGCAUAGAAUGACUUCCUCACAGGUUGUACGAGAAGUUCCCCUGAGAAGGACUGCUAUCUUUGGAGGGACUCAUGGCAACGAGUUGUCAGGGGUGUUUCUGGUCAAACGCUGGCAGGAAGACGGGACUGAGAUUCAAAGACCGGGGUUGGAGGUGAAGCCUUUUCUUGCCAAUCCAAGAGCCGUUGAAAAAUGUUGCCGGUAUAUUGACUGUGACCUGAACCGCGUUUUUGACGCUGAGAAUCUUGGGAUGAAAGUUACAGAGGAUACUCCGUAUGAAGUGAAAAGGGCUCAAGAAAUCAAUUCCAUGUUCGGUCCAAAAGGUAGCUGCGAAGAAGCCUAUGACCUUAUCUUUGAUCUUCACAACACAACAGCUAAUAUGGGCAGCACUUUGAUACUGGAAACCUCCAGGGACCACUUUACCAUUCAGCUGUGUCAUUAUAUUAAGGCUGCUUUGGCUCCAGAAACCUGUGCCGUUUUCCUGAUCGAGCAUUCCAACCUGAAAUAUGCAACGACCCGGUCUAUAGCAAAAUAUCCUGUUGGUGUGGAAGUUGGUCCUCAGCCCCAAGGAGUUCUUAGAGCGGACGUUUUGGAUAAAAUGAGGAAGAUCGUCAGACACGGCCUUGACUUCAUACACAUUUUCAAUGCAGGGACAGAAUUUCCACCGUGCACACUUGAGGUUUACAAAAUAACGGAGAAAGUCGACUACCCCAGAAACAAAGACAAUGAGAUAACUGCCAUCGUUCACCCUAACUUGCAGGACCAAGACUGGCAGCCUCUCAACCCAGGUGAUCCGAUGUUUUUGACUUUCGAAGGAAAGACAAUCCCCUACGAAGGAGAUUCCGUUGUGUAUCCGGCGUUUGUGAACGAAGCCGCUUAUUACGAGAAGAAUCAAGCUUUCAUAAAAACUGUAAAACAAAAAUUAAGUGCCAAAGGCAUUAGAGCCUGUCUCUCUUAGAAAUGGGGAGAAUGAUUUUGUUAGGCUGAUUCCGCACUAACCUUGCUCCGUGCCAGGCUUCUGUUUCGCUCUGGAUCAAGUUAGCGAUUUCACAUCAGCUGUUCCGCACCGCUAUGUUGCACCGUGGCAACCUGCGGUUUGCCACACCACAGCGUAAACCUGUUUUUUCAGGUUUACGCUGCGGUGCGGCAAAUUGUGGGUUGCCCCGGUACAAAAUGGCUGCAUGGAGCAGCUGCUGCGAAAUCGCCAGCUUGCUCUGAAGAGAAAUGUAAGCCUGGCGCGGAGCAAGGUUAGUGCAGAAUCAACCUUAGUUAUAAUGUCUUAGGGACCAAUACAAUACAAGGCAGAUGUUUUUGGCCUCUGUAACUCAAGACGGCUGGAAUAUAUAGGAUAGGCCGUAACUUGGUUUGGGAAUUUAACUAAUCUUAAGUAGUGAGGAAAUAUUCUCAAGCACUUUGAAGGCAAUAUGCACUUACCAAAAAUUGUACGCGUUUAUACGAAUCUCCUAUUUUAGUGGAGUUUAUUUUUAUGCAUCGAGAUCAAGAAUUUAAAAGUUUUUAAUAUUAACAAGUUUAUUAAUAAGGCAAGAUGUUUUAUAUUUAAUGUAUCCUAUAGCUAUUUUCUGAGCCACGAGAUAGUUCACAGCCAUUAAUGAAAAGGAAAAAAGAGGUACCAAUGAAUUAAUUUAACCUUUAUUUUGUAGUGUUUUAUAAUGAUAAUGGAAUCUUUUUUCAGAUAAAUCCUACUGGGGGUGGGGUUUGCCAUGUAUUGCUGCAGCUCUUUUACGAGCACAGCCGCUCUAUCAGAACCAGGGUGGAUAUCCUAAUAUUAUGCAACAAGAAAUCUGCAGAGACAGAUUACACCAUGGAGAAUACUAGUUGUUGAAGCAACAUUCUGAGUCACACAUUAAUGUCACAAUAGAAAUAUUUUUGAAAUUGGGGUGAGCAGAUUACCAAAUGGCGUAAGGUAGUAGAUAGCCUAAAGUGAGGACAUCUUGCACAAAUUAUUGUUAAAAGACAGAAAACAGAUGUUUUUUUUUAAAAAAAAAAUCCCGGCAGAGAGGAAAACAACCAUUUGGAUAGCAUUCUUGAAUGUAAUUUUCCAUUCCAGUGAAGCAAAGGCAUGCCGCUCUUUAGUUUGAUCGUAUUGAAAUUAUUAAUCGGUAAAGUUCCUUGUUAACCCCACAGGUGGUGCUAAAUGAACUGUAUGUUUUUUGCCCCCCUUUUGAACUGAGCUAUUAAGGUUGUUAUGCAGACCACACCUCUUGCCUUUAGCUGGGGAAAAAAAAAAGAGAACUUUUUUAAAAUGCAGGAAUGAUUGAUGAGCGAAAGCUGAUACGGGAGAUGAAUGCUAUUGUGUCAUUUAAUUUUAACAUGUUGCAAUUAACUAUAAGGAAUGUACUGCACGAAUAAAACCACAAAACGUUCCUCAUCAA